AUGGGAGGCACUAACCAGUCUAUGGUCUCCGAGUUCCUCCUCCUGGGACUCUCCAGGCAGCCUCAGCAGCAUCAGCAGCUCCUCUUCCUGCUUUUCCUCAUCAGUGUCCUGGUCACUGUCCUGGGAAACCUGCUCAUCAUCCUGGCCAUCGGCACAGACUCCCACCUGCAUACCCCCAUGUACUUCUUCCUCAGCAACCUGUCCUUUGUGGAUGUCUGCUUCUCCUCCACAUCUGUCCCCAAGGUGCUGGCCAUACACAUACUCAGGAAUCAAGCCAUUUCCUUCUCUGGGUGUUUCACACAGCUGUAUUUUCUUUGUGCAUUUGCUGUCAUGGACAAUUUCCUGCUGGCUGUGAUGGCCUAUGACCGUUUUGUGGCCAUAUGCCACCCUUUACACUAUGCAACCAAGAUGACCCAUCAGCUCUGUGCCCUGCUGGUGGUCGGGUCGUGGGUGUUAUCCAGCCUGAAUGCUCUGUUGCACACCCUGCUCAUGGCUCGACUCUCAUUCUGUGCAGACAACAUCAUCCCCCACUUCUUCUGUGACGCCACUCCCAUCCUGAAACUCUCCUGCUCUGACACACACCUCAAUGAGCUGAUGAUUCUUUUUGUUGCAGGGCUGUUAAUGAUAGCCCCGUUUGUUUGUAUCCUCGUGUCUUAUGUCCUUAUUGCUUGUGCCGUCCUGAGAGUCUCGUCCACAAGGGGAAGGUGGAAGGCCUUCUCCACCUGCAGCUCCCCCCCGGCUGGGGGGUGA